GUGGAAGUCCUCUCCUCUCCUCUCCUCUCCUCUCCAUAAAACAAUCUCUUCAUUAACCAAGACCCAGAACUAUGAUGGCCGGCGUCGACAUGUCGAAUCCUCCCAACUCUCGUACCAAAGAUUUCUUCGCUUCUCCCGCUCUUUCUCUCAGCCUCGCUGGGAUUUUCCGACGUGGUGCCGCGGCAGCUGCGGCCGUGGCUGAGAACGCUCAAGCAGAAGAGGGAGAGGAAGGAAGCGUAGGAGGAGGAGGAGGAGGAGGAGGAGGAGGACUGAUCAGGAGAGACGAGUCCACAGUAGAGAUCAGCAGCGAGAAUUCCGGUCCGGUGAGAUCGCGAUCGGAUGACGAGUUCGACGGCGACGGAGAGAAUGCCGAAGAUGAUGAAGAUGGAGCUGAUAAGAACAAGAAAAAGAAGAGGAAAAAGUAUCAUCGCCACACCGCCGAGCAAAUCAGAGAAAUGGAAACCUUAUUCAAAGAAUCACCCCACCCGGAUGAGAAGCAGAGGCAACAACUGAGCAAGCAAUUGGGUCUUUCUGCCAGACAGGUCAAGUUCUGGUUUCAAAAUCGUCGGACCCAAAUCAAGGCCAUACAAGAGCGCCAUGAGAAUUCUCUUCUGAAAACAGAAAUGGAGAAACAAAUGGAUGAAAAUAAGAAGCUGAGAGAGACCAUAAAUAAAGCCGGCUGCCCAAACUGUGGAUUUGCCACAGCCGCCGCAGCAGCAGCAGGGGAUGCUGCUCCCAUCACUAAUUCCGAAGAACAACAGCUUCGUAUUGAAAAUUCCAGACUCAAGGCCGAGAUCGAAAAACUUCGAGCAGCCAUAGGAAAGUAUCCCUCGGGAAUGUCGCCAACCUCAGCUGGAAACGAACAAGAGAACCGGAGUUCAUUAGAUUUUUACACUGGCAUUUUUGGGCUUGAGAAGUCUAGGAUAACAGAGAUUGUUAAUCAAGCCAUGGAAGAGCUCAAGACGAUGGCCACAGCAGGCGAGCCUCUUUGGGUACGCAGUGUGGAGACGGGCCGUGAAAUUCUCAACUACGACGAAUAUAGGAGAGAGUUCUCGUUGGAGAAUUCGGCCAAUGGACGGCCGCCGAAAAGGUCCGUCGAAGCCUCCAGAGACACUGGUGUCGUUUUCGUCGAUCUUCCUCGACUGCUGCAGAGUUUCAUGGAUGUGAAUCAAUGGAGAGAGAUGUUCCCGUGCAUUAUCUCAAAGGCAGCUACUGUUGAUGUCAUUAGCAAUGGCGAAGGACCUCAUAGGAAUGGUGCUGUUCAAUUAAUGUUUGCGGAACUACAAAUGCUCACACCUCUGGUGCCCAGUCGAGAAGUGUAUUUUGUCCGCUAUUGUAAGCAGUUGAGUGCAGAGCAAUGGGCUAUUGUCGAUGUCUCUAUAGACAAAGUAGAAGACAACAUUGAUGCAUCGCUGGUCAAAUGUCGAAAACGGGCAUCUGGUUGCAUUAUUGAGGAUAAGACAAAUGGUCAUUGCAAGGUGACAUGGGUGGAACACUUGGAAUGCCAGAAAAGCAUUGUUCCCGGACUGUAUCGAUCGAUCGUUAAUAGCGGCAUGGCUUUUGGUGCGAGGCAUUGGGUCGCAACACUGCAGCAACAAUGCGAGCGGCUUGUGUUUUUCAUGGCCACCAAUGUCCCAACAAAGGACUCAACCGGUGUGGCCACAUUGGCUGGUAGGAAGAGCAUAUUGAAGUUGGCACAGAGAAUGACUUGGAGUUUCUGUCGUGCAAUUGGUGCUUCAAGCUACCAUACCUGGACUAAGGUUUCGAGCAAAUCAGGAGACGACAUCCGCAUCAGUUCAAGAAAGAACUUGAAUGACCCCGGCGAGCCGCUAGGGGUCAUCCUGUGUGCGGUGUCAUCUGCAUGGUUACCCGUGUCUCAACAUGUUCUUUUCGACUUCUUGAGAGAUGAAACACGCAGGCAUGAGUGGGACAUCAUGUCAAAUGGUAUUCCAGCACAAUCCAUUGCAAACUUGGCCAAAGGACAGGAUCGAGGAAAGGCAGUCACAAUACAGAUGAUGAAGACCAAGGAUGAGAACAACAUGUGGAUAAUUCAAGAUAGCUCUACCAACGUUUACGAGUCGACAGUGGUUUACGCCCCCGUGGACAUAGUAGACAUGCAGUCGGUGAUGACCGGGUGCGACUCUAGCAACACUGUGAUAUUAUCUUCGGGCUUCUCAAUUUUACCGGACGGAAUAGAAUCGAGGCCAUUGGUAAUCAGCACGAGGCAAGAAGAGAAGAGCUCGGAAGGAGGCUCGUUGCUUAACUUGGCGUUCCAAGUCCUCACAAACAACUCCCCGAGUGCUAAACUCACAAUGGAAUCUGUGGAGUCUGUCAGUUCUCUCAUUUCCUGUACGCUUCUAAAUAUUAAGACGGCUUUGCAUUGUGAAGAAGAAGAUGGUGGGUGAUCAUAUCAAAUGCAUGCUAUUAAUUAUUAUUAUUAUUAUCAUUAUUAUUAUUAUUAUUAUUAUUGUGUGUUUCUUCUCUCUCUAUAUAUAUAUAUAUUUUUAUUUAUUGAUAGACUGGUUAAAAGUGUACAAGGAUUUCAACAGCAGCUAUAUAUUCUUUUGAUUCCUGGGAAAAUUAAUGUUAUUUGGUUUUGUUA